GGCAGGGCCACUGAGACCCAGGAAGGGCAGGGCCGCUGAGAUCCAGGCAGGGCCGCUGAGAUCCAGGAGGAGCAGGACGGUUGAGAUCCAGGAGGGGCAGGACCACUGAGAUCCAGGCUGGUCUGAGCCCACUCCCUCCAGAGGCUCCAGGGGAGGGUCCUUCCUGCCUUUUCCACUUCUGGGGGCUCCUGGCAUCCCUGGACUUGAGGCUGUGUCCCUCCCAUGACCUCUUCUUGACAUCCUUCACCUAAUCACAGCGGGUCCUAUUUCAAAUGUGGUUCCAUUUCCAGGUUCUGGGAGUACCUGCAUUUCGGUGGGAGGUCUGGUCGUCGAUUUCCUGUGCACCCUGAGAUUUUGUUCUGACCACGUCUCCAAUACUCAGAAAAUGCCUGAUUGGUGUAGUUUGCCUUGUGACGCCCUGAGCACUUUAUGGUGGGUUAAAACGUUGCAGACCUAACAGAGACCUUUCGACAGAACCCAGCUGCCCUUUUGGGCAUCUGUGCCCUGACUGGCGGCUCCAAGAGGCCAGACUCUGGGGCUUCAGGGACGGCGGGCGCCCUGGGGCCUGUCUCCUAGGCCAUGAAAACCUCCCCCCCGAGAGCCUGGCGUUGCUGGACCCGUGCACAGCAAAUGCAUAUUUCUGCGCACAGCGGGGCAUUUUGAGAAGCUCCCGGAAUCACGAUGUCCGUUCCUGCCCCCACGACGUUCCCGAUCACGGACGUGCCCAAGCUCAAAAGGGAGUGUGCCAUGUUCCCAAAGGCGUCGCUUUAAACUGUCAAAUUUGGAGGACAAAAAAAAAAAAAAAAUUGCUAUGCCUGUUAGGCAACGUAAAGGCUCUCCUGUCGAAAGUGAAAUCCUGUGUUUGCUUCCUGGACGCCGUGCGCCUCUCGUCCUCGCUCCCAAAACGAGGCUUGAGCAGGCGGUGGUGGUGGGUCCUCCGGGGUCCUUGGGGACGUGGGCUUCCGCACGCAGCGAGCAGUGUCCCCGAGAGUGGCCCCUCCCGGCAGGUGCCCGGUUGGCGGACGCGGUAGCACAGGAAACCAUAAACAGCCAACAUGAGGAAGGAGCUAUGAGGACAGAGAAACCCACAGACGUGCAUGUUCUCAGACGCGCGGAGGCGUCCCCGCACGUGGGACUGAGCUGCGGGAAGACAGCACUCAGCCCAGCUGCGCGAGCGAGCCCCCUCCGCUUUGCCAAAGCCACGCACGCCCCGGUCGGGUCCCCGUGCCCCGCGGCCUGCAGACCGCGUGCUCGCUCCCUCUUCGCCCGUGCCUGGGUCCCUUCUCACGCUGUGUUUGUCUUCCCGGCUCCCAGCAGGUGCGCAGGAAUGAGUGGAGGCCCCCCAGGCGGGCCGCGGCACAGAAGCCAUGGAGGCGAAGGGCCUGGACCCGUCCCAGACGGACCUCAAGUUAGUGGCCCACCCGCGCGCCAAAAGCAAAGUGUGGAAGUACUUUGGCUUUGACACGAACGCCGAGGGAUGCAUCCUGCAGUGGAAAAAGAUAUACUGUCGCAUCUGCAUGGCUCAGAUUGCCUACUCCGGGAACACCUCCAACCUGUCCUACCACCUGGAGAAGAACCACCCCGACGAGUUCUGCGAGUUCGUCAAGAGCAACACGGAGCAGAUGCGCGAGGCCUUCGCCACCGCCUUCUCCAAGCUGAAGCCCGAGGCCUCCCAGCUGGCCCCGCAGGACACGCUGGCCGCCAAGGCCGGCCACGGCCACGAGAGCAAGCGGCAGCAGGAGCUCACGGCCGCCGUGCUCGGCCUCAUCUGCGAGGGCCUGUACCCCGCCUCCAUCGUGGACGAGCCCACCUUCAAGGUGCUGCUGAAGACGGCCGACCCCAGGUACGAGCUGCCCAGCAGGAAGUUCGUGUGCAGCAAGGCCAUCCCCGAGAAGUACGGCGCCGUGCGCGAGGCCGUCCUCAAGGAGCUGGGCGACACCUCCUGGUGCGGCAUCUCCACCGACAUGUGGAGGAGUGAGAACCAGAACCGGGCGUACGUGACGCUGGCCGCCCACUUCCUGGGUGGCGGGGCCCCCGGCUGCCUGUCCGUGGGCUCCCGCUGCCUGAAGACGUUCGAGGUCCCCGAGGACAACGCGGCCGAGUGCAUCACCCGGGUCCUGUACGAGGCCUUCAUCGAGUGGGGCAUCAGCAGCAAGGUGUUCGGGGCCACCACGGACGGCGGCAAGGACAUCGCCAAGGCGUGCUCCCUGCUGGACAUCUCGGUCCAGAUGCCCUGCCUGGGCCACACGUUCAACGCGGGCAUCCAGCGUGCCCUGCGGCUGCCCAAGCUGGCCGGGCUGCUCGGCCGCUGCUGCAAGCUGGUGGAGUACUUCCAGCAGUCCGCGGUGGCCAUGUACAUGCUCUACGAGAAGCAGAAGCAGCAGAACGUGGCUCCCUGCAUGCUGGUCAGCAACCGCGUGUCCUGGUGGGGCAGCACGCUGGCCAUGCUCCAGCGCCUGAGGGAGCAGCAGUUCGUCAUCGCCGGCGUGCUGGUGGAGGACAGCAACAACCACCACCUGAUGCUGGAGGCGGCCGAGUGGGCCACCAUCGAGGGCCUGGUGGACCUGCUGCAGCCCUUCAAGCAGGUGGCCGAGAUGCUGUCCGCCUCCAAGUACCCCACCAUCAGCAUGGUGAAGCCCCUGCUGCACAUGCUGCUGAACACCACCCUCAACAUCAAGGAGACCGACUGCAAGGAGGUCAGCAUGGCCAAGGAGGUGAUCGCCAAGGAGCUGUCCAAGACCUACCAGGAGACGCCGGAGAUCGACAUGUUCCUCAACGUGGCCACCUUCCUGGACCCCCGCUACAAGCGUCUGCCCUUCCUGUCCGCCUUCGAGAGGCAGCAGGUGGAGAACAGGGUGGUGGAGGAGGCCAAGGGGCUUCUGGACAAGGUCAAGGAGGGCGGCUACCGGCCGGCGGAGGACAAGAUGUUCGCGCUGCCCGAGGAGCCCCCGGUCAAGAAGCUGGUGCUGGCGUCCACGCCGCCGCCCACCAGCGUCAUCAACAGCAUGCUGGCCGAGAUCUUCUGCCAGACGGGGGGCGCGGAGGACCAGGAAGAGUGGCACGCGCAGGUGGUCGAGGAGCUGAGCAACUUCAAGUCGCAGAAGGUGCUGGGUCUCAACGAGGACCCGCUCAAGUGGUGGUCCGACCGCCUGGCCCUGUUCCCCGUGCUGCCCAAGGUGCUGCAGAAAUAUUGGUGCGUGGCGGCUACCCGCGUCUUCCCGGAGCGGCUCUUCGGCUCGUCCGCCAACGUGGUCAGCGCCAAGAGGAACCGCCUGGCCCCCGCGCACGUGGACGAGCAGGUCUUCCUGUACGAGAACGCGCGCAGCGGCGCGGAGGCCGAGCCCGAGGACGAGGACGAGGGCGAGUGGGGCCUGAACCACGAGCACAUGUUCCCCCUGGGCGACGCCGUGCACGCCGGCUUCUUUGGCAUCAGGGACAGCGGCUUCGUGUAGAUGCCGCGGUGGGGGCGGGGGGGGGCGGGGCGUCACCACGAAGCUGACCCUUGAUGCUGGUCCGCUGUAACUACCCACCGUGCGCACCUGCGCGCAUGCGCGUGCGCGGCCGGUGCCGUCACCAACGCAGGCGCAGGACGCAAACGUGCGGCUGUGUGCAUCCAGGAGCAGCCACUCCGCGCGUUUCCUGGGAGAGCCUCCAUGCGCCCCAGCGGAAGGGCACAAAUCAACUAGGAAACUUCUGGAAGCCCCUUUCCCCACCCGCUGGCUGGACGCUGAUUGCAACGGUAAAGCCCCAGAGAUCCCCAGCCAGGAGGGGAAGGGGGAGAGGCUCCUUUCUCUUGCCACCCCCAAGGACGGAGUACUCCCGACCCAGAGAGUUUGGGAUAAUCCCCAGGCAUGGGGAAAAAGAAAAAAAGAAAGAUAAAAAUCAAAGCUCCCAUGUCCUUCCGUCGCCAGACGCCGUCAUACAAGGACUUUACGCAUCUGGGGCACUGAUGCACUCACGUUUACUCUCGAAUUGACCUUGGCACCUUGCGGGCGGGCUGGAAGGAUGCGCACGCUCUUUCAGCCCAAGCGCCUCCUGUUUGCAAGACAGACCGGCUCUAGGUUUCUUGCGAUGCGUUCCAAAGGCGCGUGGGCGGCAGUCGCGUCCCCAACAGCAGGGAGAGAGGUGUUUUGUGCCUUUCCCACGGGCAUCUCUGCCCCCUCGUGCCCCCAUGCGCUUUGUGGGCGUGGCUCUUUCUAAGGCUUGCACCGCCGGCAGCUUCAGCCCUGCCCGUGGCUGUUUGUGUGUGUGUCUGUGCGAUGCUACCAAGGGCUGGUUUCUCCACCGUGUUUCUCAGGAUGCGAAUAAGGCCCCCGCACCCUUCCAAGCCCUGCUUGUACAGAAUACCAGGGGCUUGCAUGUACCCAGAGUGAUUUAAUAGGAAUCCGGGGCAAGGGACCCUUCCGUUCUGUCUUUUAAACUCGGCACCGUGAGGGCCCCCCCCCCCC